AUGUCCACCGGUAAGCUUUUCACAACCGACCUUUGCAUCCAAGCUGAGAAGCAAAAAGCUGAAGCCGUAGCAGGAAUUCCCAACCAAAGCUCAUCCUCCCUCAACAUCGAAAACACAAACAUCCAGACUGCCCCAGGCGUCUCCCUCUCUUCCCAUCAACAAACCAUCGUAGGCUCCAUCCUCGACCUUUUCGCCGGCCGCCCAUCACUCCAGAAGCUGGCCCUUUGGCGCGACGAUGCAACAUUCGCCGAUCCCAUCACCAUUGCUGAGGGCCGUGAGAAGUACCAGGCGCAGUGGUACGGACUGCAGAGCGCGUUCAGUGAAAUUGAGAGGCAGCACCACAGCGUCAAAGAUGCCGGCAACCCGAUCCUGAUGGAUCUGAAGACGCGAUAUGUCAUCAAGGGUAUUGGGAAGGAGCAAAUUGUCAGCAGUUUGGUGGCUAUUCACCUCGACAGCGAGGGCAAGGUGCAGAAGGUCGAGGACAAGUGGGAUGGAAAGCUUCCCGAUGGUGCGAUUGCAAACGCCUUCCGUCAUCUCAACGCCGUGACAGUACCGAAGUUGAUCAACGUACCUAAGAACGACAAGGAGGAUGCCGAGAGGGGGAACUGA